CGGGCCCGGCCCGCGAGGGGCGCCGCGGCGGGGAUGGCGCUGUCCAGGGGGCUGCGGUGCUGCCAGCGGGUCUUCGGCUGGGUGCCCGUCCUCAUCAUCGCGCUGGUGGUGCUCUGGUCCUACUACGCCUACGUCGUCGAGCUCUGCCUGGUGACUCUGACAAACUCUGUAGAAAAAGCGGCCUACCUCACUGUAUUCCAUAUCAUCUUCAUAUUCUUCAUAUGGACGUAUUGGAAGUCUAUAUUUACUCCUCCACUGCAACCGGACAAAAAGUUCCACAUGUCAUAUGCUGACAAGGAGCGCUAUGAGGAUGAAGAAAGCCCCGAGGGUCAAAGGCAGAUCCUCGCAGAGAUGGCACGGAAGUUGCCAGUUUGCACAAGGACAGGGAAUGGCGCCAUUCGAUUCUGUGACAGAUGUCAGCUCAUCAAACCUGACCGUUGUCACCAUUGCUCGGUUUGCGCUGUGUGCGUGUUAAAAAUGGACCAUCAUUGCCCAUGGGUGAACAACUGCAUCGGCUUUUCUAACUACAAGUUCUUCCUACUGUUUUUAGCCUAUUCUCUGUUGUACUGCACGUUUAUUGCAACGACAGUCUUCAAGUAUUUCAUCAAAUUCUGGACAAUGGAGCCAACCAGUGGCCAUUCCAGGUUCCAUGUCCUCUUUCUUCUUUUUGUGGCAGUCAUGUUUUUGGUCAGCCUGUUGUUCCUCUUUGGCUACCACUGCUGGCUCGUCAGUCAAAACAGAUCGACUCUAGAGGCCUUCUCGGCUCCCGUGUUCUCCGGCGGCCCUGAUAAAAACGGAUUCAACCUCGGCUUCAUCAGAAACUUCCAGCAGGUGUUUGGGGAAGAGAAGAGACUCUGGUUAUUCCCGGUGAAGUCCAGCCAGGGAGACGGACACUCCUUCCCCAUCCGAGCCCAGAGCGAAGCCCAGAAUCCCUUGCUGGCAAAUGAGGAGCAGUGGGAGGAAGACGGGAUGGAAGAUGGCAACCAGCACAAUUACCAGUCACGGACUUCUCUUUCCAUCGAAAUGGAGACGUAGCAGCUUUGAAGAGCUGAGUUGUGCAACUCAUGAGCUCUGCUUCCUCCCUGUCUCAUUAGCUUCCUCUGGUGAUGGAGACUCAGGAGGCAUAAAAGAAAAAAACAGCACUUGGAUCAGAAAAAGAAAAGCAACAUUGGAGGUUAAUUCUCGCUUUCCGAAACGCUUCUUGAGGAGACUGUCCUUGGUGACACUUCCAAGGUUUGCUACACAUUAUGGAUCUUUUUUUUUUUCAACAUGGCAGCUCUGAAGUGAUUAAGGCUAUUCAUGACCUUCUCUUUUUGUACGUCUUACCCAGAAGAAGGGAAAACUGCUUAGUGCAAAUGCAUUUCCAAGUGCCUUAAGGGGCAUUUAGCUAACAGCCUGGACUUCGUGUUGUCUCGUUUUGCCAAAUAGGAAGAACAGCUCCAUAAAACGGUGUAGACGGACGGUUAAAAAGGUUGAGCAGACGGCUCAAAACAGGAAUCAUGGCUGCCAAACCAAGUCUUACUGCUAGAGAACGGGGUGAAUACUCACUGCUUCUGUAGCCCUAGGAAACCUCCAACACCCUCAGGCCCUAAACGUACUCAUCGUCAACUCUUGAUUUUGCUAAAGAAUCCGGCUCUUUUGAGUUCUCCUUUUUGAUGUAAGCACAAUCCUUGUUUGUAGGUGGCCUACAAUUGUCUGAAAUUCAUUCAGAACAGCUUCAGCUACUGGACUAGUUUCUGCUAUGAAAAAAAUAGUCAUUGAAUUGCACAAGUGACCCCGUAUUGGACUGUCCACGGAGGCUGAUGUGACUAUGGGCAUCUUUAGACAGAACUUGCCUCCUUCCUGCAAAAGUCAGCCUGCCAGGGGGAGAAAGUCUGUCCCCUGGUUUUGCACGCAGGGGAAGCCUAGGCCAGCCUCACUUCACGGACUUUUUAAACCCUUUGCAUAAUCUGAUCAGGAAUAAGAUUUGUGUCUCUCCGUCAUUCAUUUGUUUCCAAAUAUUUAAAGAAAUUCAUGGAUAGAGAAGUCCAAAAGGCUGGCCUUCCCCCUGGCCCUUUAACUUGAGUGCUGGGUGACUUGAUCUCAAAUGUUGGUGUUGCAAGAAGAGGUUUUGAUCCGUGGGUUUCCCACCCCCCAAAAAAAGAUUUUUUUUUUUCAGGCUUUGACUAUGCAGAAAUAGGUUCUUAUCUUCCCUCUUUAGAACUUUGGAGAAGAAAGCAGCCCAGCACCAUAAUAGGAGGUGAUUGGAAAUAGGUUAUAGACGUCAACCAUUUUGCACAAUCCACAGGAUCAGGGAGGUGGGCUGGUGGUGGAACUCCAGUGUCUGGAGCUAAACUAACUUCCCCCAGUGCCAAGAUGGUGUCACCAAGCCAGGCAACUGCAUUUCUCUGCUUCUGCUACAUUUCGCCUCCCCACCCACAUAAGCAGAUGAAAGUUGAGCUCUCUCCAUAGAAGCCCAUUCCAGUACUACCUAGGUAGUACCUCCAUUCCACUGGGGCCAUCAGAUCAUUUUUAAAGAAGACUUUUAACACAGUUCUGCAGUCGGAAGAGGCAGCCCACCACAUUUAUAGUGGCUAGGACUUCCUCAAAGAUUUGCCCGGGACCUCUGUGGCUUUGCUUGCGGUGUAUCUUUUGGGGUUUUGGAAAUGCCCUUGCUAAGAAGUAACCCGGUUUCAUAGCUUUGCAGUUGCAUCCUUUGCUGAUUCUCUAGGGGAGACCUCCCAAGAGUCGGCCUCCAGGAUUGUCUAGGGCUACGCUGUUAAAAAGCACAACUUUUUCUCAAUGCAGAAAGGCGCCAGCCAGAAAAACUGAAGCAGACAGAAAUCGUAGGGCAAAUAUUGAAGCUUUACUCAUUUCAAUAGAACAAGUUUAAACAUUUUUUCUGCUGAUUAUAUUAGUCCUUUGAAUGCUAUACAUUUUAAGCAAAAUAGACAUUUGCGUGGGUCCACAUGUAACACUUAUAUUCUUCCCUAGUUAGACUUCAUAACGGUGCUGUCAAUCACUUGCAAUGUGUUUCCCUUUCUAAAAAGACUCUUUUCUAAUUAACAAAUUAACAAACGCAGCUCCACUCCAACGUUUCAAAAAGAUAAUCUACUAAAACACUAGAUCAUGUAUUUGGGGGACUAAUUUUUAAUGACGUAUCCCCAACUUCAUGGAGCUACGUGAGAAAAGCAUCUCAGCUGCUACUGAACAUUUCUCAGGUCCACUCUGUUAACAUUAUCAGGAGGUGUUCGGCUUCGUUGAUCUCUCACUGAAAGGGGGGUCCAGAAUUUUGGGAAUCCAGCAGGCAGUGACUGGGUAAGGCGUGCCUUAAAAAAUCUCCAAAGCUGUGUCUGAUCAGCAUGAGUCUUACGGGGCCUAGAAGGAAUGGCCUGGUCAACUACCCUUUGAAUUUCAGGCACUUCUUCAUGCCCCGAAUUUUCAACUGUUUUUAGACAUUCUUGAAUUAGGGACAUCAACAGCAGAGGGAAGUGAAGAUCCUGGCACUUCUGGGCCUUGGCAUUAGUCCCAAAUAAACAAUCGGCUAGCAGCAACUAUAGUUGUAGUCCAGUGUUGCUCAACCUUGCUGAUUUUUUAGGUGUGUGGACUUCAACUCCCAGAAUUCCCCUAGUGAGCGUGCUGGCCGGGGAAUUCUGGAAAUGGAAGCCCACACAUCUUAUAAAGUCAGCACGAAACACCAUUGUAAGCCAUUAUCAAGGCAAUGAGCAGUCCAAGCACUCUUCUGCUUAACAGUUGUGUGAAAAAACAGCUAAGGAAGGUGGGUUCUUUAGCCGUGAUUGAAAAGCCGUGAAAGGUACUAAAGGGAAAAUGACUGUUUGUCUGCAAAAGCGGCUUUCAAAUGCCCUGCUUCAUUUACCUUUGUGGAACAGUGAUUAUGAUCCACAGGAACCAUGUCAUCAUUUGCUUCCAGGAAAACUAUACCUGCACUCACUAAUAUUUCUGUGUGGUUCUCCAUAAAACAGCUUUUUGUGGGCCUAUGCCUUUGCAUAAUUAUUUAUUUGGUGAUGGGAACCAGUUUGCUUGAGCCAGGCCUGCUUAGAACUUCUUGAACUCAGAUGAUUUCCAAAGCUUCCCUCACCUCAGCAGCCUAAUUGAAGCAUAAAGUCUACUUGGUGUUCUUGUGGCUAAAUCAUUGGGAGGAAAACAAAAACAAGAACCCUUUGUGCAGCUAGUAUAACUCACCCAAUCUGUUCUACGCAGGGAAAACUCCAGUAGGCCUGAAGUCUUUUUCUCUUAGCAGCCUCUCCCAAACUCCCCUCCAGCUGUAGCGCCUCUUCUCUGCCAGCUUCCUUGGGAGCUGGGCAGCUGUUGAGCUUGAAAUGGCCCAAGUGGAAUACGUGCAAAUUAUAUUUUUAAAUAAUUUUGGGGUGAGGGAGAACUGCUUAAUUUAAUAAAUUUAGAUAUGAUCAGGUGACCAAAAAUAAAUUCUCUUUGGAAACAUCUGAGUAACUGGCUUGUGGCAAGCGAAUGGGCUUGUUAAAUCAGGUUAGGAAGACUUCAGCCCCAGUAAUUCCUCAGAAUCAAAGGCCUCCUAAUGCCCAUCCCUGCAAAGCAGGGUUGUAAAAGUUAUGGGAGGAUUUUGUUUGUUUGUUUUUUUGCAUGAUAGAUUACAGAGCCAGUCCCCUCUAUAGUGCUGCAUCUGUAUGCAUUUCAUUGCCAAAUUAACCCAUUUUCAUUGUUGCACAAAUACUGUACACUGAAUCCUUGCAGUACAGGUAGUCCUCGACUUACAGCAGUUCAUUUAGUGACUGUUCAAAGUUACCACAGCACUGAAUAAAAGCGAUUUAUGACCGUUUUUUAGACUUAUGACCAUUGCAGCAUCCCUAUGGUCACAGUGAUUUACAUUGGUUGCUUGACAGGUGGUUCAUAUUUAUGACGGUUCCAGUGUCCCGGGGUCAUGUGAUCCCCUUUUGCGACCUUCUGACAAGCAAAAUCAAUGGGGAAGCCAGAUUCACUUAACAACCGUCUUACUAAUUUAACGACUGCACUGAUUCACUUAACAAACGUAGAAGGAAAGUCGUAAAAUGGGGCCAAGCUAACUUAACAAAUUUCUCACUUAGCAAACAUAGAUUUUGGGUUCAAUUUUGGUCGUAAGUCGAAGUCUACCUACAGAUUGGCACAAAUUGAGAAAACCUACCUAAGGGUCAAACUAACGAAGCAUCUUGUCUGAAUGGCGCUGCUAAACCUGGCCCAUUAUGCAAGAAUAGUGGAAACAAAGUUGAACUGACUUUUUGGAUCUUCCCUGCAUUUAGCGCCCUCCAGAAGGACUGGGAUGAUGGCUGGGAGUACUUUCCUCAUGCGCUGGCAUACUGGCUUCCAGACUGGGAAAGGCUGUUUCGUAAUUAAAGCAACUUUUUCAGUUUAUUGGGAUAAAAGUGUGUUUGUUGGAAUACUUUGCACCAACCAGUAUUGCCACUUUCAGUCCUUAUCCAAUUGCUGCAGGUCAUUCUGGUUUUCAUGUACUCACAUGAGGACCCAGGAUAUGGAGACGCCCAAAACCCGAAACAAUUAAACAAAUGUUCUGAAGAGCAGACAGUAUUUUCUUCUCAUUUUAGAUAAUGAGAAGUCAUUAAACGUUUAUGCUGCCCAACUCCGGCUCACAACAAUCUGCCUGUUAACGGACGACACAGACCCAAGAAUUCGUGGCAGUGUUCUGUCUAGAAAUAUUAUGACUAGUAUUUGGUAAUCUAGUUAGCCUUUUUUUGUGUGAUUUCUUAGGACUAACUGAAAUUCAGCAGCAGGGAGGAAGGGUAGUAAUAGACUAUUUGCAAACAUAUUCUUUUGAGCAUCAGGAAGAAAUUGAAAGACCUUAAAUGGCUACUUAAGGAAUUUGAUAGUAUUCUAUAGCAGUGUUUCUCAAUCACUUUAAACUGGGUGGGACUUAAAUUCCCAGAAUUCUGGGAGCUGAAGUCUACCCACCUUAAAAGGGCCAAGAUUGAAAAACACUGUUCUAUAGCAUUUGAAUUAUGAUCCAAUAUUGUAAUGUUUGUCUCUAAAUUCCUAUUGUUUAUUAGUUUUAUGGUUGCAAGCAACUAGGUAUAAUUUUCAUACAUUAUUUAAGCCAUUUUUAAAGCAGUCACGGGUGUGCAAGGGGCCACACAUUUUCAUCAAUCUAAACGUAACUUAGGGUUGUGAAUUGAUUAUGAGAAGUACCUUCUUCCCAGUAUCUGGACUCAUUUGUGGCAAAUCUUGCCUUGUGUUGCGGAACAAAGUAACCUUUGUGUACUGGAACUAUAAAAUUUGCACCUUGUCCAGCAUUAUUCAUGGAACCGGUUGGCAUUGAUGUAUGUGGAACUUUUCCAUGCUGGAACAUCCCAGCUUCAGAAACUUCUCAAAGGCUUCCACAGUUCCACAUUGCCCACAUAUUCCUGGGCAUAAAAUGUCCUUCUGAGAAGAUGGAGCAGCGGAGAGCGGUCCUCGGAAUCCAACCUUUGCAAACAACAUGCAUCCCAUUCUCACCACAAAACUGAAAUCAUCCCAUUGGUGUCUGCUAAGGACAGCGAGACAAAUGUAGUUAGGUAGGAAAUCUGUGUUUUAAAAAUUGGCCUUCUGUAUAUAGCUUAAUUUUGGAGAUCAUCAGAAUUGUUGAAUAAUAUCGUCAUUGCAUGCUGGUAUAGUGAAAGAGUCAGCUAGUACGAUGUAAGAAAUGUUUAUUUGGUCCCAGCCUAUAACUCUUUCUCAUGUAAGGUGUGGUGCACAAUUGAAAGCCUGUAGUACAGUGGUCUAAAGCACUGUUAUUAACAUCUGCUGCUUGCAAUUACUGUAAAUUCGAAUCUUGCCAGGCUCAAGGUUGACUCAGCCUUCCAUCCUUUCUAAGGUAGGUGAAAUGAGGACCCGGAUUGUGGGGGCAAUAAGCUGACUUUGUAUAAAAUAUACAAAAGUAUGAAGGCUAUUGCUUAACGCAUUGUAAGCCGCCCUGAGUCUCCGGAGAAGGGCGGCAUAUAAAUUAAAGCAAAAAAAAAAAAAAAAAAGCACAAUUUGCUCUACUUGUAACAAGACAGGACCGUGACGUAUCUGUAAUGACAAAUUGAAUGUGACAUACACACCAUUCCUUUCUCCUCACCUGGGUGGGGAAAAAUAUAUUAGAGAGGCAGGGACAUAUAAUAGCUCAGUGUUUCUCAACCUUGGCAGCUGGAAGAUGGCUGGACUUCAACUCCCAGAAUUCUCCAGCCAGCUUUUUUCCAGCAGCCAAGGUUAAGAAACACUGAGUAUCCUCUCCACCCCCUUCUCAACUUUUGGGGAGAUCUAAUAUAGCUGCACUCCCCCAUCUGUCUGUGACCCGUCAGCACUUAAGAUAUGCAGAACAGGGCUGUGAGUACCACCAAAGCUGCUUUAGCUCAAUUUCUUGAAAUGUCUGCCUUGUAAUAAUGUGCCAGUAUAAGCAAAAGAGGUUUGCUGUUUUGCCAGUCCCGCUGCUUGCUUCCCAUCACAAUAAAACAAGUAUAUCAGGACCUACAUGAAAACACUGAUAAAUGCAUUAAUAUAUUAAGAGAAAGAAUAUGGCUGUGUUGGUCACGGCUGAUGGAGGAAGAGAGCUGAUUUUACCAUCGUAGAAUUUUUAAAGUUGGUUGUGUUUCUUAUAGCAGAGUUGUAGAUGAGUCUCUUGUUGGUUUAAAAAGAAAAUUAAACAUUUGAGGCAGAGGAUUCACUUGAAGGUACCAGUUAUUUCUCAAAAAUACUUCCCACUUAAUACACUGGAGUUAGAUUUCAAUUCUUUCUCUGAGCUUUUAAGAGUGGUUUAAAUAAUAGUUACUUCCUAUGGCAGGGAGGAAAGAUUAUUCAGUGAAAGACUACAUGUAGGUAAGUAAGGAACGGAUGAAUCCGGUCAAACGUUUGCAUGAGCCACCAGCAGCUAUUGAUUUGAUUGCAUUUUUGCAAAAUACUUUUGCCAAGUCUUUUUGUUUUAAUCAUUAAGGGAUGUUGUAAAAUUGCACUAACCUUUAGUUUGGAUAUUACUGAUUAAUGGUCUCGGGGGUGGCAGCAAAUUACACAGCCCUUUAUUCUAUACUUUUAAAUAUUUUGUUCAUUAUCUAGAGUAAUUCUUUCCUGGCUUUUUCUUUGGUAUUGUAUAAUCAAGAUACAAUUGUUUCAUUGAUGAUAUUUCCCCAUUUGAUUUUAUCAUGAGAAGCAUACAAAAUGGAUCAAUUAAGUAGAGUAUAGUGGUGCAUAAUCAUUCCUAAGGAUUGUAUCAUAUUCUGCUGUUCAUGUUGGGUCUCCUGAAUGUUUAACGGUUACAUUCUCUCAGGUUCAUUAACUGAAAAAUGUAUGUUCGUGAUCAUGUAGCAGUCUAAAGCAUGGAAAUAUUUUACAAUAAAAAUGUUUUGUAGAAUCA